CACGCAGGGCUUGCGUGUCGACGUAAACACGUGUGGUCCCUGGUUACAGAUUUCUCUUUCUCUUUUCUCAUCCUCCACUCCCCCCCCCUCUCGCCUCUCUCUCUCUCUCAUCACCCAGUCCCUGAUUACGGCGAUAGUGAUGGCGGACCCCGCAGCGGCAGGGGUAGCGACGGCAGCUGCUGCUGCUGCAUCUCCAUCUCCCACCCCGGCCCUCUCUCCCGCAGGCAGCCCGGGCUCCGACCCGCCCUCCCAGGCUCUCUCGCCCUCGGCAGGCGGGUCGCAGCGGCUGCUCUUCUCCCACGACCUGGUCUCCGGCCGGUACCGAGGCUCGGUCCGGUUCGGCCUGGUCAGGCUGAUCCACGGCGAGGAGGACUUCGACUCCGACUCGGAUGUUGGAGACGGGGGAGGAGGAGGAGGCGGCGGCGGGGACGGCGGCGGGGGUGUAGCCGGCAGCUCAGACACGGAGAGCGGAGCGGCGGACACCCGGGCCCGGCCUCUGGGAAGAGGCUAUGUCCGGGUGCAGUGGUACCCCGAAGGAGGCAAGCAAGACAUCCGAGAAACCAAGCUAAAGCUUGAAGAUCGAUCAAUCGUGCCUAGAGAUAUCGUCCGUCACAUGAGCCCCACUGACAGCCAGUGUGGGACGGUGGUCGACGUCAACAUUGAAUGUGCUGUGAAGCUCGUCGGGACCAACUGUGUGCUGUACCCGGUCAACAGCAGGGACCUGCAGCACAUCUGGUCUUUCAUGUAUGGGGACUACAUAGCCUACGAUUUCUGGCUGGGGAAAGUCUACGAUCUGACUAACCACAUUAUUCUAAAGCUGUCCAAUGGAGCCAGGUGCUCGAUGAGUGUGGAGGACGGAGCGAAACUGUACGACGUGUGCCCCCAUGUCAGUGACUCGGGCCUGUUCUUCGACGAGGCCUAUGGCUUUUACCCGGGGCAGGUGCUGAUCGGGCCCUCCAAGGUGUUCUCCAGCGUGCAGUGGCUAUCGGGGGUCAAGCCCGUCCUCAGCAAGAAGAGCAAGUUCCGGGUGGUGGUGGAAGAGGUCCAGGUGGUGGAGCUGAAAGUGACUUGGAUCACCAAGAGUUUCUGCCCCAAGGGCACGGACAGCGUCUACCCGCCCCCUUCGACCAUCACGCAGGAGAACCUGUGCAGAGUGAAGCGGCUAGGCUACUACGACCACACCCAGAGGCAGCUGGGGGAGCGGGCGCUGUACGUCUUCCCUGCCAAGGGGGAAUCCACGCAGAUCACCUGUGAGGGGCCGGAGGGCGUGCCCGUGCUGCCGGAAGGCUCCGUUGCUAAAAAGGUGAAACGGCUGCUGAGGAAGGAGAUGGGGAAGAAGUCCGUGGACGCUGGCGAGGCGCAGGGAUCCGGCGAGCAGCAGGCGGAGAAGGCGGCCGACCGGGCAGGAGAGAAGCAGCCAGUGGCCGAGGGGGGACCAGGGGAGCCCCAGCCGGAGCAGAGCCGCCCCAAUAACGGGCCGGUGGCGCCGGGCACGGGACGGGCCAGAGAGGCGCGGGAGGGGCCGGUGGUGCCGGAGCUGUGGGUGGAGUCGGGGGAGCAGGACGCCGACGACGAGGCGGCGGACGACACGGACGAGACCAGCUCCGUGACCUCGUCGGCCAGCUCCACCGCGUCCUCGCAGAGCGGCGGCGGGGGCCCCAACCGCAAGAAGAGCAUCCCCCUCUCGAUCCGCAACCUCAAGAGGAAGCACAAGAAGAAGAGGACCAAGUUCUCCCGCGAGUUCAGGCCCGGGGACAGGGUGGCGGUGGAGGUCGUCUCCACGAAGACGUCCGCGGACGUGAUGUGGAAGGACGGGACCGUGGAGACGAAUGUCCGCUCCAACGACCUGAUACCCAUCCAGCACCUGGACAACUACGAGUUCUGUCCCGGAGACUUUGUGGUAGACAAGCGCCCCCAGGCCUUGCAGGAUCCCGGGGUGUACGGAGUGAUCCAGUCGGGGGACCACAGGGGGCGCACCUGUGUCGUGAAGUGGGUGAAGAUGAACUCCAGUGGCAACGACGUGGAGGUGAUCGGGACGGAGGAGGACGUCAGUGUGUACGACAUCGCCGACCACCCCGACUUCCACUUCCGCACCACUGACAUAGUCAUCCGGAUCUGGAACUCUGAAAGCGCCCAGGAGGUGGACUGUGAGAACCAGCCGUCGGUGGGGCAGGUGUCUCGUGUGGACCUGAGCAGCAAGGUGGAGGUGGUUUGGGCGGACAACUCCAAGACCAUCGUGCUCCCCCAGCACCUGUACAACGUGGAGUCGGAGAUCGAGGAGACCGACUACGACUCGGUGGAGGGCAGCAGCAGUGGCGCGUCCUCGGAGGAGUGGGAGGACGAGAGCGACAGCUGGGAGACGGACAACGGGCAGGUGGACGACGAGCACCCUGGCGAGGGCGCGGCGCCCACCCCCACGCCCACGGGCCCCCCGGCGCCCCCCGAGGGGGGCAAGCCGCUGGCCCAGCGCCCCACCGUGGUGGAGGAGCUGGAGGGGGCUCUCGCCACGGCCUCGUUAGCCGGGGCCGGCGCGGGCGCGGGGGACGAGAAGCUGGCGAAAGAGGGGACGCCGCGGGGCUUCCGGGAGCUGAAGGAGGCGCUGAAGAUCCUGGAGAGCCUGAAGAACAUGACGGUGGAGCAGCUGUGGACCGGCUCGCCCACCUCGCCCACCGUGGAGCCCGAGAAGCCCACCAAGGAGAAGAAGUUCCUGGACGACAUCAAGAAGCUGCAGGAGAACCUGAAGAAGACGCUGGACAACGUGGCCAUCGUGGAGGAGGAGCGCAUGGAGGCCGUGGCCGAGGUGGAGAAGGAGGAGAAGCACCAGGAGCCGCCGACGCCCGUGCGCUCCGACUGGCCCAGCGACACGCCCGUCCUCUGCCAGCAGAGCGGGGGCAAGCCGGGCGUCACCUUCACCAGCGCCAAGGGGGAGGUCUUCUCCGUCCUCGAGUGGGCACCCGACAGCCACGCCUUCAAGAAGAUGGAGUUCCAGCCCGCGGAAGCCAAGAAGUUCUUCAGCACCGUGAGGAAGGAGAUGGCCCUCCUCGCGACAUCGCUCCCGGACGGCAUCAUGGUCAAAACCUUCGAGGACCGCAUGGACCUGUUCUCUGCCCUAAUCAAGGGGCCCACGCGCACCCCCUACGAGGACGGCCUGUUUCUCUUCGACAUCCAGCUGCCCAACAUCUACCCGGCGGUGCCGCCCCUCUUCCGCUACCUGUCUCAGUGCAGCGGCAGGCUCAACCCCAACCUGUACGACAACGGCAAGGUGUGCGUCAGCCUGCUGGGCACCUGGAUCGGCAAGGGCACUGAGAGGUGGACCAGCAAGUCCAGCCUCCUGCAGGUCCUCAUCUCGAUACAAGGGCUGAUCCUGGUCAACGAGCCGUACUACAACGAGGCCGGGUUCGACAGCGACCGGGGGCUGCAGGAGGGCUACGAGAACAGCCGCUGCUACAACGAGAUGGCGCUGAUCAAGAUGGUGCAGUCCAUGACCCAGCUGCUGCUGCAGCCCGUGGAGGUCUUCCAGCAGGAGAUCCGCGAGCACUUCCUGUGCGGGGGCUGGCGCCUGGCGCACCGCAUCGAGAGCUGGCUGGAGAUCCACGAGCGAGAGAGCCGGGCCCCCGAGCAGCUGCCCCUGCCGCCGCCCGCCGAGCCCGGGGACGAGCUGGCGCCCGGCCCCCCCCACGCCCAGGGCAGCCCGAUCGGCCUGGACCUCCGGGAGGAGGAGCUGGAGGACUCCGGCCUGGGCACCUCCACCAUCUCCCACCAGGAGCUGAGCCAGCACUCGGACUCGGAGACCCCCACAGCGAGCAGGGGGCUCCCUCUGGGCGGGGAGCAGGGCAGCAGCGCUGUGGCGGGGGAGCAGAAGGCACCCCAGGACUCCUCGGGGGGAGCCCAGCCCGUGGUCAGACCAAAGAAGAGGAGAAAGAGCUACCGCAGCUUCCUGCCCGAAAAGAGCGGCUACCCCGACAUCGGCUUCCCCCUCUUCCCGCUGUCCAAAGGCUUUGUCAAGAGCGUCCGCGGCGUCCUGCAGCACUACCGCGCCGCCCUCGCCGCCGCCGGCGUUCCGGAGAGGAGGGACGACAAGUGACCGGCCCGGCGGGCGCUCCCCCGCCAGGCCCGGCCCGCUUCCUCCGCCACUCAGUGUUCUCCAGCCGCCGGCGCGGCCCGGCCCGGUGCUUCAGAAGAGCUGCCCGGGGCCCGGGGAGAGGGCGGCUCUCCCUGGUGGUCCUGGUUCUCUCCCGUUCAUCGCCUCGUCCCCGGCCGUUUUCCCGGCUCCUCCCGACGCGCGGCGGAACUCCAAUCGCUCAGGGAGACCUCCGAGGUGGAUCGAGUGCCUUGACGACGGGGCGUCGGCGGAGUUCUCUCCAAAAACGGUUCCUCGCGGCUCGAGCCUCUACGAGCUGGUCCAGCUCGGGUUCGCGGGGGGGGGGCUUAGGGGGCGAAUCCCGGGAUGUCAACGCAACGCACAACUGAAGCAACGGGCCGCAAUGCCGGGGGGGAGGGGGGUGGCCGUCCUGGGCGGCUCUGAAGAACACUGAUGGUGCCGAGACUGUUAGCAGCAUCCGCCUGCAGACCAACGAUCCUGCAAUCUGGUAGAGGGGUGGUCACCGGCACCUUACUGUACCUGCGACAAUUAAACGAUAAGGGUUUGCAUGAGUUAAUUAAUGUCCAUGUAAAGUCUUCAAUAAAGGAAGCUGAAAGAAGAAAGGAUUGUCUCCUCGUGACGGUUCUGGUCGAAGCCUGGGACUCGACUGGGGAAAUUGAUUCUCCCCUCCCAUCCCUCGGCUUAACUCCAGAUGGUCCUGUGCUGUAGCUGCACACAGCUCCCCCAGCUUGCGUUUGCAGGCUGGAGAGAGUGCUGUGCAUUCGCUGCAUCUGUGUAACAAAAAGGAGGUAGCCACAGCAAGGUGGUGUGCAGAAUAGGGUUCUCUUCUGCAUUAGGAGGAAGCCGAUACCCAGCUGCUGUAAGUUAGCGCUCUCGCUGGUUAACUCGGCAAGAGGUGUCCAUGGCUGUGUGGAGAGGUCAGAUUGCACCCUCCCAAGAUCUACAUACUGUAGGUGUGUUGGAAUGUUUUUCUUUUGUCUGAAUAUACAGUAUAAAGAGAUCUGGACUGUGCCCACACCUUGCUGUUUAGGUAUAAAUCAUGUUUUGCACCAGAUAUUGGGAUAUAAAUAAGUUUUAUGUGUUCGAAAGAACUGACCCCUGUCUCCAGUGACCUGUUCAGAAAAACCUACUCUUUCGCAUGAGCCUUUGGGGAUACCCAACUCUUUAGUGUUUCAUGUUCGCAGCGAUAACUGGAUUCAUCUUUUUCCUCUGGGGGAAAAAAAAAACUUCAGAUCAAAAUGUUGUGAAUGUGAUGCUUAGUUUGGGAAAUGUUGUGAAACAAAUUCUGCAUCGACGGCAGUUGUUUUGCAGUACAUCCCUUUGAAUGGGGGUGUUCCUUUUCCACAUCUGUCCCAGCUGGAGUAGCAGGAGUCGGGUGUGUGCUCGGGUUUGAGGCGGAAACCACAAGUGGGAGACGUGUACACAAAAAAAAUGAAGGGUCUUGUUUUUGUAGCUUGUUCACUUUAGACUUUGCCAGGAAACACUGGAGAUCCAUCACCUUUCUUAACAUCCAAGUCUGCCUUCGAUAGACAUGAUCACUUUUUUUGCGCAGUCCGCUGAAGCUGAGGUUUGAUCCCAAACCUGAGAACUGCUGCCUGGUUUCAGAUAUUAUAAUGUUGCCUUACUUAUUUUAGUCGGGAGAGCAUCCUACUCCUGUUGGGCCUCCCCUUGUUCGGGAGAGUCUGUUUGAAUGUGUUCACUCCCCCACAGUGGAACAAGCUCAGGAGUGGGAGAGGGAAGGGAGAUAUUCCAGGUUUACAGGCAGCAGGUUGAGAAGCUGUCUACCGCUCAUCUGAUGGAGACCUCGCUCUGACACGCGUGCUGGCUCGGCUGAGUCGCCUUCCAAAAUGACCUCCUGGUCUCCACCGCCUUGGACGGUGGUAUGUGGUGGGGAACUGGAUUUUGUGGCCCUGGGAAUGGCUGAGUUUAUGCACUUGGCAUUUAAAAAUGUGGUGCAAUUUAAAUAACAUUUGAAUUUCUGCGACCAGCAAGAAUUGCCUCUAUAAAUCAGCCCAGCGCUUGUCAAUUCGGUCGUGAGCACAAAAACUGAGAGCUGGAAAAACGCAAUGUUUUCCGAGGUGUAUUUUUGCAGUGCAAUACUGGAGCGGAGCUGUGCUGAAGGCCACUGAUCGGUUCUGACUCCGUGACCUCGCUGAUGGCCACUGUGGUCUAACUGCAGGUUUAGGGCCAGACAGGUGCCAUGCUGGCUGCAGUGGCUACAUCACUGCCCCCCGGUUAGCUGGCCCAUCAGCUGCUUUCCUUCUUUAUUUUUGGAACUUUCAGAGUUCGCUCAAAGAUCUUUUUUUUUCUGUUGUCAUCGAAGUUGAUAGUGAAAAGAAAAUUUGACCCGUCUGUGUUCUAUGAUUGUGCAUAACCUCAGCCAGCUCCCCAGCUCGAGGUCAAUGGAAGUCGGAGAUGUAGGUUGUACAGGAUAUUUUUUUUUAGCCAUUAGAUUUGUAAAACGGACAAGUCCACCCCCACCUCCUUCUACUAAAUGACUUUCAUUUUUCACUUUGCUGCCUGUAAGCCUAGGAUGACUUUUUUUUUUCCUGUAGCUGCUGUGCCUGUAAUGACUGGGUCCGUUUUCUCCAUUUCUGCGACUCGAGCGAGUUUCACAUGCUGUCGUCCACCACCCCACUGCCAAUCCAGCAGAAAAAAAAGAUUCUAAGCACAUGAAGCUAUGUAAUAUUUCCUGUGUAGGUGUAUAAUAAUAUUUAAAAUAAGCAUUAUUAUGGUAAGGUCCUGCCAAAGCAUGUAUUGUUGCUUUAAGCCUUAGAGAUGGCUACACCACUGGAACUUGACUAUGAUGUGAACAUUUCUGCAGUGGCCUGUAAUGAACAAAUACGUUAUGGUUUGUAGCCUGAUUCUUCUGUACAGAAGUCACAACUAUAUAGACAUAUUAAAACAAGUUUAAAGUGGUGAUGUAAAUGCUCGGGUUGUCGAUGUGUAAAUCGCAGGGUGUAUGUUUUUGGGGUUUCCAUGCCAUUUAUUAUGGUUGCAUUAUGGAAAGUGUAUAAAUAAAGUGACACAUUAAACUCUGAGCAACACUUGA